AUGAAUUCAAUGGAGACUGGAAACAAUACAACUGUGACAGAGUUCAUUAUUUUGGGGUUAACGGAGGAUACCUCAAUUAGUGUCAUUUUAUUUAUUGUGUUUCUAGGAAUCUAUGCGGUCACCUUAAUGGGCAACGUCAGCAUCAUUGUGUUAAUCAGAAGCAGCCCUCAGCUUCAUACCCCAAUGUACCUUUUCCUCUGCCACUUGGCCUUUGUAGAUGUUGGUUAUUCCUCAUCAGUCACACCUGUCAUGCUCAUGGGCUUCCUCAGGGAAGGAACCUCUAUCUGUGUUGCUGGCUGUGUGGCCCAGCUCUGUUCUGUGGUCACCUUUGGGAGCGCUGAGUGCUUCCUGCUGGCUGCCAUGGCCUAUGAUCGCUAUGUCGCCAUCUGCUCUCCCCUGUGCUACUCCUCCCACAUGGCCCCCAGAAUCUGCCUUCUCUUAGUGGCGAUGUCCUACCUAGGUGGAUGUGUGAAUGCUUGGACAUUCACUGGAUGUUUAUUAAGUCUAUCCUUCUGUGGACCAAAUAAAAUCAAUCACUUUUUCUGUGACUAUUCACCACUUUUGAAGCUUUCCUGUUCUCACGAUUUUACUUCUGAAAUAAUUCCAGCCGUCUCCUCUGGCUCCAUUAUUGUGGUCACUGUGUUUAUCAUUGCUCUGUCUUAUGUCUACAUCCUUUUCUCAAUUCUGAAAAUGCACUCCACUGAAGGGCGUCACAAAGCCUUUUCCACCUGCACCUCCCACCUCACAGCGGUCACUCUGUUCUAUGGAACCAUCACAUUCAUUUAUGUGAUGCCCAAGUCCAGCUACUCAACUGAACAAAAUAAAGUGGUGUCUGUGUUCUAUACGGUGGUGAUCCCCAUGUUGAAUCCCCUCAUCUACAGUCUGAGGAACAAGGAGGUUAAACAGGCCAUGAGAAAAUUGAUGGCUAGAACACACUGGUGGUCCUAA